UUUCAAACGUGCUCAUUUCACAAAAGUGGACCACCUUCAUCAAUAAAAGUCCUUUAAAGACUCAUUGAUCUACCAUUCAGUUGACCAGCCCAGCUAUGGCGGAACAACAGAGAUCUCUCCGAGUGGCUAUUCCAAUCUUCGACCACCUGACGGCGCUCGACGCUGUUGGCCCUUACGAAGUUCUCAACGCGGUUCCCGGCGUAUCUGUGGUGUUUGUGAGUGACAAGCCGGGUCUAAUCUUGGCUGGUGAGGCCCAGGAUUCCCAUCUGGGCCUCCGGGCCACCGCGUCGUACAAGGAUGUUCCACAUCCGGAUGUGAUUGUAGUUCCUGGUGGGCCUCCUACCAAGAUCCCGCUGCAGCACAAGCCACUUCUCGACUGGAUCCGCAAGGCUCACGAGACGACCCUGUUCACCACUUCUGUUUGCACCGGUGCGCUGAUCUUAGGAUCUGCCGGACUUCUCACCGGACUGGAGUGUACCACGCAUUGGAGCUCCUACAAAAAGCUCGAGGAGUUUGGUGCCAAGGCCUCCGCAAAGCGCUACAUACAGCAGGGGAAGAUUAUCACUGCUGCCGGCGUCUCGUCGGGGAUCGACAUGGCUCUCUACCUCGCCGCUCUUCUGAAAGACAAGGUUAUUGCAGAAGGAGUUCAGCUGCUGGUGGAGUAUGAUCCCCAGCCACCAUUUGACUGCGGAUCUCGGGCGAAAGCUAGUCCGGAAGUCUUGGCAUUGCCAUUUAUCCGUCCGCUCUUGGAUUGAGAAACAUGUCUGUGUGACAAAAAGUGAAUAACAGAACCUUUCAUAUAUC